AAUUUCGCAUACAUGCAAUAUAAAAACAACGAAAACAGGGACAGAAAUAUGCGCAUGUACCAAAAAUCACAUUAUGUAGUAAAAGUGCUGGGCUCAGCCUAAUGAUCUAUUAACAGGUGUUGGACCAAUUCAUCCUCAGCGAUUUUAGACCAUGAACAACAAAGCCUAUGUAGUUAUAUUUUGAACACUAUAUAGGCCUACCAGAGAUAAGCCCCGCUUAAGCUCAUUUGAAUCGUUUUCUUCAUCAUUCAUGUUAGAGAAUUGUGCCACUUUGUAUAACCAAGUCUGAAAUCAAUGGGAAACACACUCGUUUAAUAUUGUAUUGUGGACUACAAAAUAUAUAAUGCUGUAAAUGAUUGAUACAGAUGGGUAGGCCUACUUCAGUUCGGCAUGCACUCAAGGAAGUCACUUAUUCGAUAGCGGUGCUUAUGAAUUGCUAAAGCGGUGUUAAGAGCCACUUUAUACUAUCAAAACCACCCUCCACCCGCUUCCCGUCCUGUUGCGUAAAGUGCCUAAUGACUUUAAACCACGCAACUUUCGUUUACCGUUGCUUUUGUGUUUUUAUGCAAAAUUUCUGUUGUGCAAUUCAAACGGAAGUAUUUGUAUGUAAUUGUUCAGAUAAAGUCAACAUUGGUAAACUUGAUGCUGAUGAAUUUCUUUGACUGCGUCGAUACUUGCUAACGAUAGAUACACAAACGCAUUCAUCGAUUUAAUAAACAUUGCUUUGAUUACCAGAUUGCGGAACUAACUACAACUAAUUCAAAGCCCGAGCAAACGAGAUAACAGAACGCUAUUAUCUAAGGUUAUCACCGGCGCUAAACUCGUGACGAAAUGAUAACGAAUAUAAAUAGAUCAAACUUAAUCCCCUAAUAAGCAGUCCAGAAAUGGCUUAUUCUGGUGUUUCCAGCGUUUUGUUGUUAGCAGUUGGUGUCAUCCUGACAACCGGUACGCCAUUGGAUGAUUACGUGAACGCGCCGGACGCGCACUACUCGUAUACCUUGCUAAGUGACUACACAGUACGAGUUAAAGAUGCAUACACAACCUACAUGAUUAAUAUGACCUCACAAAAAUGGCUUACAGACGAGAAAGUUGGACAGUCCAUUUGGUGGCAUUAUCUAGCAAUCACUAUACCGGAUAAAAUCAGCCGACCCGACUCUGGCUUCCUUUACAUUACCGGUGGUAAUAACAAUGACAGUCCACCAGAUUCUCUUUCUGAUGCUGAAACUCUGUUGAUGUCAUUAGCUGCAUUGCAAACAGGCUCAGUCUGCGCAGUGCUAAGACAAGUUCCAAAUCAGCCAGUUGUCUUUCCGGGAGAUCCUUUGCAGAAAAGUCGUAAAGAGGAUGGCAUCAUCGCAUACACGUGGAGACACUUCAUUGAGAAUGGAACCAAUGAACCGUACUGGUUGUUAAGGAUGCCCAUGACAAAGGCUGGCGUCAGAGCACUGGAUACAAUGACCGACUUUGUCAAGGGUGUACGGUCAGAAGUUAACUUGAAGAAAUUUGUCGUCGCAGGAGCGUCAAAGAGAGGGUGGACAACGUGGACUUUAGGAGCCGUGGACAAGCGCGUAGUAGGAAUUGCACCCAUGGUGUUAGAUUGUCUUAAUUUCGUCAAAAAUCUGCAUCAUCAUUAUCGGUCUCUUGGAGGCUGGACAUUUGCUCUGGAUGAUUAUUAUGAAGAAAACGUCACCAAAGAUCUUGACCACCCAAACACACAGAAGAUGUGUGACAUUGUUGACCCUUAUGCAUAUCUUGAUCGUCUAACGAUGCCGAAGUACAUCAUUAGCAGUUCAAGUGACGAGUUUUUUCUACCAGACGAUUCUCAUUACUACUACGACCAGAUGAAAGGACCAACGUACCUCAGGUUAGUAUCGAUCUAUCAAUCAUUCAGUUUAUCAAUCGAUCAAUUAAUCGAUAAUGAAGGGCACAAUGAGACUAUGAGAAUACUUUUUCAUCGCAGUGACUUUAAACUGCCGGAAUUCACCUGGAAACGAAGCACGAAUGUAACUCACGGAACAAUAACGGUUCAAACCGAUACAAAACCUACUUUAAUUCGUGCCUGGAUGGCCAGUACGCCGGUGUCGAGUAAAAGGCGGGAUUUUCGACUUUUGAUUGCGACGGAACCAGGUGUCGACAAGACGCCCAAGCCACAGCCGAUUAUAUAUCUUAAGUACGAUGUGCAUAAUCCGAGUACCGGUGUGUAUGUUGCCGAAUUCAAAAACCCAUUGAUGGGUUGGUCAUGUUUCUUUAUCGAGGCAACAUUUCCAGGGAAGUCGAACACCACGUUAACAUUCACAACUGAGGCUAACAUCAUUCCGAAUGUCUUUCCGUUCGAUGACUGCAGUGGCGAUGACUGUAGGGGUAUCCUGUUAUAAAAACAUGACACAACUACAGCAGAGCUUCCGGUGACUGUAUUGCAGAGAUUGAUCCAGUGAAUGACCCUUGAAUCGAGUAUGAGAAGUCCCGGAUUAAUCAUUGAUAAAACUGUCUCAUUUGCGAUUUUAACGUAGAUUCUUGCGUUGGUAUCAAUGAUUAUCGCUGAUUACUUUUUCAAUGACAUAAUAGUUUUAUAUACAUUACUGCAUUAACCGAGGUCGUAUAUUUAUUACUGCAUCAUAUGACAUUAGGCCUAUUUCGAAUUAUUUUUACAUUAAUGAAUAAUUGAAUUGACGAUUUAGUAAUAAAAAUAUGUUACAACAAGUUUAUAGCCUGUUGAAUGCUAGAAGAGGCUAAGUAUGUAAGUAAAGUUUAUUUUGUAAAUCAGAGUAAAAUAAAAGAUUCGGAGUAAGAAAGAAUACGAA